AAUAUUAACAGACCUGAGAUCAUGAAGAAAACUGGGUAAAUGUGAAUCCAGCAAAGUGUAUGUUUGGGAGAUGUUUUCUAACCUAGCAGCGCAAUGAAACCCAAGAAUUCUGGGUCCGUCUCCAUGGAGCUUCACCCAAGGAGAGCAGGAGCCUUGCUUGUCAUAGACUCAUAGAAUGGUUUGUGUUCAAAGGAACCUUAAAGCCUGUUCAGUCCCAUGGGCAGGGACACCUUCCACUAUCUCAGUUUGCUCAAGCCCCGUCCAACCUGGCCUUGGACACUUCCAGGGAUGGGGCAGCUGCAGCUUCUCUGGGAAAUGCACUCCAGUGCUUCAGCACCCUCACAGGACAGAAUUCCUUCCCAGUAUCCCAUCUAACCCCACCCUCUGGCAGUGGGAAGCCAUUCCCCCUUGUCCAGUGACUACAGUUCCUGAUGAGUCGCAGCCCUGGGUGUGCAGAGGGCACCUGUGGCCAUCGUGGUGCCACCUUGGGGACCUCCCUCUGGGGGUCCAUUCUGGAGUCCCCUCCUGGGACACCAUCUCACCCUCGAAGACACAAAGUAUAUCUGCUGACACGUGUCCCCAAACCCAGCCACAGCACCCUGGCCCUUCGGGGCUGUCCCUUUGUGACAUGGGCGUGUGACGGGGCCGACCUCACCCGUGACGCCGCCACGUCAGAAAGGGCCGUGUCCCAGCAUUCCAUGAAAUCGGGAUGGGGGCACAGAUCUUCAGUCAAUCCCGUGGGGAGACUGGUGGGCAGCAGGCCCCACGUGACAACACCGCUGCUGAGAGAACCUUUGUGUCUCUUGCAGGGUGAGAUGUCAUCGAAGGAGGACUCUCCAGAGCCGGGCACCUCUGCUGCCAGCACCAGCCAGGAGCCACGGGAUGGCAGCGAGGAGAACCCCGCCUGCCCGGCGUGCUGGGACAUCGACACCAAGUGCUCCAGCUUGUGCUGGCACUGCUUCUGCCGCUUCUGCCUGUGGGAUUGGAGCCUCAGCGACGCCGCGUGCCCCCAGUGCCAGCGGCCCAUCCGCCACACGUACCCCCAGCACGUGGCCCUGUACCACGAGGUGCAGGACCAGGUGUACGACAGCAAGCAGAGGCAGCUCGGCCGCUCGGAGCAAGGCAUGUGGAGCCGCUCAGGACACAGUGGCAGCAGCCACGAUGAGCUCCCGGAGCAGGGGCGAAGGAGGUCCUUGAGGUGGCACCGUGACGGCCACCAGUGGUCUCGGCACGCCCAAGGCAGCAGCUUCUUGAGAAGGAGGAGGCGGCGGCGGAGAAGGAGGAGGCGUCAGUGGAGAGGGGAUCGGGACAAUGUGCCUGGCGAGGGACGAGCUCCAGGGUCCGAACGGGACACCUCAGACUCCUCACGGGGGAGGCAAUCCCGGCGCGGGUCCCACAUGCCACGGAGCCAAGAUCAGCAGGGACGGGCACGGCGCCGCCGCAGCAGACAGAGGUGGCGGAGGAGGAACAGGGAGCGUUCCCACAGCUGGCACGGGCAAUGGAGCAGGUCCCGCAGGCAACGCCGGGACACCCAGACAUCGUCCUCAGGAACGGAGCCCCACAGUGACUCCUCGAGGCAGAGGCACUGGAGGAGCAGGAAUGCUGGUGAGCAACGAGCUCCAAGGCACCAACAGCACAUCCCAGACUCCUAAGGGAGGAACCGGUACCGGUGCAGGACCCAGAGCCAUGCAGGGCACAGGACCCAAUAGCCCACCCUUCCAAGAGGGGAAAGGCCACACUCAGUCCUGGCACAGGACAGCCCAGAGUGUCCAGCCAGCCUUCUGUGAUCUCCCAGCAUGGAGCCACCAGAUCCUCUCUGGGCAUCCCGUUCCGGGGUUUGACUCCCUCCGAAUAAACAAAUGUCACUUUA